UAUUAUUAUUAUUAUAUGUCGCGUGUUUUUUUUUUCCUUUGUAACGUUAUUUAUUUGUCUGUGUUAAGAAUCAGUGCACCUGCUGCGUAUCUGGCUGUUCUAUGGAUGGAGGCCCUGUUAAAUGAGUGGCUGUGGCAGGAUGAGUACUGGCUUCCUCCUGGUGUCCACUGGCAGGACCUGAAGAUGAAGGAGGGUGGUGGCCGCUUUCCUCUACCCAGGGAUCUGAUCUACACCUUGCCAAUCGCCUUCGCCUUUAUAGCCCUCAGAUAUGUCUUCGAGAGGGUCAUUGCUGCCCCAUUAAGCAGACAUUUAGGUGUGAAGGAUCAGGUUCGGAUUCGAGCUGCUUCUAUCCCAAGGCUGGAGACUUUCUACAAACAAAACAGUCGGCAGCCGUCACAAAGUGAGGUGGUGAGCUUGGGGAUGCAGUGUGGACUCUCACAGAGAAAAAUCCAGACCUGGUUCAGACACAGAAGGAACCAGGAUCGACCCAACAAUACCAAAAAGUUCUGUGAGGCCUGCUGGCGGUUUGUCGUCUACCUCGUAGCCUUCACUGCAGGGCUUGGCACUUUAAUUAAUACUCCGUGGUUGUGGGAUCACAGAGAGUGUUGGAGGGGAUAUCCCAGACAGCCCGUGGCCGAGGCUCAUUACUGGUAUUACAUCUUGGAAAUGGGCUUCUAUCUGUCGCUCCUUCUGUGUGUCUCUGUGGAUGUCAAGCGAAAAGACUUCAAGGAGCAGGUAAUUCAUCACAUCACCACCAUAUUCCUCAUCGGUUUCUCCUACUGUGCCAACUACGUGAGGAUCGGCACACUGGUGUUGCUGGUGCAUGACUCUUCUGACUUCUUUCUGGAGUCUGCCAAGAUGUUUCACUAUGCUGGCUGGGCGAGGAUGUGUGACACACUGUUCAUCAUCUUUUCUCUGGUCUUCCUGGUCACAAGGCUAGUGGUGUUUCCUAGCAGAGUGAUUCACACAACCUUGAUAUUGGCUAGAGAAUUCUUCCCAACCUUUUUUGGUUAUUAUUUCUUCAAUGCCCUGCUGUUAGUGCUGCAAGCCCUGCACAUCUUCUGGGCUUAUCUCAUUUUGCGCAUGAUCUACAAGUUUAUGUUCCUGGGCAAGGUUGAGCGUGAUGAACGCAGUGAUGAGGAGAGUGAGGUGGAAGAGGAGGAGCCUGAGGAAGAAGGGGAUGAGUCAAGCUGGGAGCAAAGGAAGGGUACAAUUAACUCCAAACUGGGAUCACUGGCUAACAACUGUGUCCUGAACAACCUGGCCAACCACAGGAAUAUAAACAGCAGACUGCCCAAAGCGAGAUAAUGGGGCAGACCCCUUUGUCAUCUACCAAGCCUCUCCGGAAAAAUUGUUGUUUAUUUAUUGAUGCAUACAUAAGGGCUGUGCACAUCCAGCAGCGUCCAUUGAUGGUUUCAGAUUAAGGUAAUUGUGUAUCCAUCUUGUUUUCAAAAACGAGGGCAAAGAAACACAUAUGACUGUAAAUGUGCACGUUCAGUGUGAUUUUAGGGAGAAUCGCUAACAUUACUGUCACUUAUACUACUACAUAUAUACUACUGCAUAUUGUAACAAUAAGACAAGGAGACUAUGAAAAUUCAAGCACCUGAUCAUAUGUGUUGUUUUUACAGAUUUAUGCUGUUUCUUUUUGUUGUAUUAUAAUAGCUUAUUUGUAUAUGCCAUAAAGUGUGCUACAAUGCAUUUACCUGUUUUUGACAACAAGAAAAACUAAAUAAUUUUAUUUAAAAAAACAGACUGUUUAUGUAUAUGUAUUAUAAUGUGUUUCAAACAGAGGUAAAGUAAUUCACUCCUCUAUGUUUGUAUCCAUAUACCCUGUAAAGUUGGUCGUAUAUAGUCUACUAAACAAGUAUCUGUAGUUAAUUUGUUGACAAACCACUUUAUAGACUAUUUUUUUACAAACCAUCUAAUCAAUUGGUAUUUUUGUGUGUUGUAAUCUGUGGCAGAAUAUAUGAAAAGGACACUAAAGAAGUUCCUUAGGAUUGAUAAGGUUAUAUUUUUUGGUGAUAGGCUUUGAUCUAUGUUUUAAAUCACUUCUCUGUAAGAUAUAUGGCGCCCCCUUGUGGGCAAAGACGAACAUCCUUGUGGAGAAGACAUUUCAGAUAGACUAUUACUACUACUACUAUUACUACUUUCGGUUGCUCCUGUUAGGGGCCGCCACAGUGAAUCCACUUCGCAUGAGUAAUGUGGCACUGUUUUAUGCCGGAUGCCCUUCCUGACACAACCCUCUUUAUUUAUCCGGGCUUGGGACUGGCACAGAAGUCACUGACAUGAAGCCCCUGUGCCUAGAGACACAACCACUCCUGGGAGCAAUUUAGAGUCACAUUUCAGAUAAAGUGAUGCUUUAUUUAAAAAAACAGCGCUUUUAAAAAAUAUGGACUUAAACCGCGUGUGUGUGUGUGUGUGUGUAUAUAUACACCGAAUAGCAUUGUGACAAGCAGCAUGGUUUUUCAUUAAGAUUUUGAUUUUGAGGCUUGCACUACUGGACUUUAGUUAGGUGCCUUUGCUGCUGUUGCUAUUUUCACUAUUUUAUGACAUGCACUUGACAUUAGGUUCUGUGUGCUGGUAGGACAACGUUUAAUGCACAAACGCACUGGCCAGACCUUACUGCGACUUGUUCUAAUGUUUUUUACUGAGGCAGGCAGCACAUUGGGUGAGCCAUGAAAAGUACACACACAGCUAGGUGUUAGCGAAAUGUGAGGUGUUUUAGAUAAUACAAAGGUCAAGUACUUUAAGACUCAGAUGAAGAAAGUCUUAUUGAAAUGUAAAGAUUUGAUGAUUCUUAUAAAAUCAGACUGGAUAUGAAUAAACUAGGCUCUUGUACUUUACUGGGAUCAAGAGGCACUUUACAUGUAUUUAUGCUACAUACUAGAACACAGUUAAAGCCAUGUACUGUCUGUAUUACUGUUUGGCUCCAGGUGUGUCAUUGUAGGUUUGUGAUUGUACAGUAUAAUACAAAAUUGCUACAUUUUCAUAGGUAGUAAGGGCAACUCUUUGUGUAGCUGCUGUCUCCAUUUACUGAAUCUAAUUAUGUUUAUAUGUUGAAUAUAUUAACAUUGCUGUCUUUUUUUGAAGUACAAGAUUUUAUUCAUCUUGAAGGUGUUCAUUCAACCCAUAAAAAAGCUUCA